AUGCCGACAUAUAAACUGAAAAUUCCCUCUUUACAGGCUCCGAGAUUCUCGUUCGGCAUCACUCACUCGGACUUCAUGUCCAGCCUCGUCGAGUUGGAGGUCCAGACUGAGGAACAGGGAAGCAUUGGUCAUGACCAGGCUGAUCAGCGUCGGAAUGGCUCCAAAACAAAAAGGGCGUGUGUUCUCAUCGGCUCUGGGAUAAUUCAACUGCCGAUAUGGGGCUUCGCGAUGAGCUACGGCGUCUUCCAGGAGCACUUCACCAUCAAUUGGUCGCUGAGCGGCAGCCGCGAGCUCACGGGCGUGAUUGGCACGACCUUCAACGGCAUAAUCUAUAUCUCGAUGCCCUUCCUCUUCGCCCUGUUCACCAAGCGGUGGGCGCGCUGGCGCCAGGCCGCGGCGCUCUGCGGCAGCCUCCUCACCUGCGCGAGCUUCCUGCUGUCGUCGCUCAGCACCGACGCGUGGCACCUGGUCGCGACGCAGGGGGUCCUCGCCCCCUUGGGGUGCGCGCUCGUCUUCAGCCCCGUGACGCUGUCGCUCGGGGAGUGGUUCAGCAGCGCGGGCGGGAGCGGUGCAGGCGGAAAGAGCAACAGGGCGCUCGCGUACGGGGUCACGCUGUCGUGCAAGAACGUCGUGGGCUCGGCGUGCCCGUUCCUGUUCAGGGCGCUGCUCGACAGGUACGGUUUUCGUACCGCGGCGAGGGUGUGGGCGGCCGUGCUGGCGGGGACGGGCGUCCCGGCCAUCUUCAUGAUCCCGGCGCACCCGUCGAGCCUCGACCAUGGCCGUUUGCCAUCAGGAACGCCGCCACGGUCGCGCAGGAUCCCGUGGCACUUCCUCCGGCACAGGACCAUCUACAUCUACACCGCGGCCAUCCUCCUCCAGAGCGCAGGGUACGGCAUCCCGCAGACGUACCUGAGCACCUACGCGCACGACGUGGCGGGGCUGUCGCAGGCGUCGGCGACGCUGCUGCUGACCGUCUUCAACCUCCCCGGGAUCGCCUCGUCGUCCUUCUUCGGGUUCCUGUGCGACAGCAGGCGCCUCGCCCUGUCCGCGGCGACGGUGACGUCCAUCCCCGCCGUGGGGUCCGCCCUCGCAGCGUUCCUGUUCUGGGGGCUCGCCUGGAAGGGGAGCAUGGCGCUGCUGGUGCUCUUCUCCGUGACGUUCGGCUUCUUCGCGGGCGGCUACUCGGCGACCUGGGGAAGCGUGCUCAACGAGCUCGAGGGCGAGGCGAGGGGCGGCAACGAGGCCGUCGACACGGGGAUGCUCUACGGGCUCCUCAACGGCGCGAGGGGCAUCGGCUAUGUCAGCGGGGGCCUGGUCGGCUUGCCCCUGCUCAAGGCUGGGGGCCAGGCGUCGAUGGGGGCGUUUGGCUACGGCACGACGUAUGGGCCGCUGAUUGUGUUCACGGGCCUGUCAUCAGUUCUUGGGGGCUGGGCCGUCCUGUGGAGGUGGCACAAGCUGGUGGCUUUUCUGUGA